AUGUACUCCUCUGGUUCAGUUGGUAGAGUGUCAGUCUCAUCAUCUGAUGGUCGCCAGAGCUACAUCGGUCAAGAUUGUGCUGACGGUCAUCGAAGUAAGGCCGAAUCGUCUAUCAAUAUCGAUGAUCCCCAUGAUGACAAUGCCCUGUAA